GCGGGGCUGUCUCAGGAAGUCGCGUUUCGCAUUUCCGGCCCGGCCUCUUCCGGCCUCUAGCGGCGGCUUUGCGGAAGUGCGCGGCGCACGUGUGUUCGCUCGGGGUCUGGUAGCGAUGGACGCCUUGGAUAAAGUCAUAAAGCCUAAAACAAAAAGGGCUAAGCGAUUCCUUGAGAAGAGAGAACCCAAACUCAGUGAAAACAUUAAGAAUGCCAUGCUGAUUAAAGGGGGGAAUGCAAAUGCAACCGUGACUCAAGUACUCCGAGAUGUGUAUGCACUGAAGAAACCAUAUGGAGUUCUAUAUAAAAAGAAAAACAUUACAAGACCAUUUGAGGAUCAGACAUCACUGGAGUUCUUUUCAAAGAAGUCAGACUGUUCUCUGUUCAUGUUUGGCUCCCAUAAUAAGAAGAGGCCGAACAAUCUAGUUAUAGGUCGUAUGUAUGACUACCAUGUGCUGGAUAUGAUUGAACUAGGUAUUGAGAAAUUUGUGUCUCUAAAAGAUAUUAAGACUAGUAAGUGCCCCGAGGGAACAAAACCCAUGUUGAUUUUUGCUGGUGAUGAAUUUGAUGUAACAGAAGACUAUAGAAGAUUAAAAAAUCUUCUUAUUGAUUUCUUCAGAGGCCCCACAGUAUCAAAUGUCCGACUGGCUGGGUUAGAAUAUGUUCUGCACUUCACUGCACUGAACGGGAAGGUUUACUUUCGAAGCUAUAAGCUGCUGUUGAAGAAGUCUGGUUGCAGAACCCCACGGAUUGAACUGGAAGAGAUGGGACCGUCGAUGGACCUGGUUCUCAGGAGGACACACUUAGCAUCAGAUGACCUUUAUAAAUUGUCCAUGAAAGUGCCCAAGGCUCUCAAGCCAAAGAAGAGAAAGAAUGUCUCUCAGGAUACUUUUGGCACAACUUUUGGAAGGAUUCAUAUGCAGAAGCAAGACCUAAGCAAACUGCAGACCAGGAAAAUGAAGGGGCUGAAAAAACGACCCGCAGAGACGGACGCAGAAGAGCAGAGGAAGAAAUCAAAGAGAACGAAGAGGAGCUAGUGCAGCCAUCUGGCAGGGACCGCUUCUGUGGCCGCUUACUAAAGAGAAUCGUUCAACUGGAGUCUCUCCAGUUUUCUCAUAGGAAUUGGUUGGGCUUUUGGAGGUCUUUGAAGGGGUGGGGGUGUGACAGGAUCUCACACUGUAGCCCAGGCUAGCCUCAGCCUCCCAAGUGCUGCAGUUACAGGCUUGUACCACCAUACCUGCCGUAUUGUAUAUUUCUGUAACAUAACUUAUUACUUAAAUUUUUAAAGAAUUUGAAA